CACAUAGUAUAAAUAAACAGUCGUAGGAAACGCUACCUGCUGAAUGAAACACAAUUAAAUCAAUGUGAUGUUUUGGACUGAAACUAAAGUCCUUAAUAAUUAGUGAAAAUGUACAUUUACGAAUUACCACCCGAGAUUAACAAAGAACUAUGUCGACUUUUGGACAACUUCGAUUACUGGGAGGAGCUGGCCGGCAAUUACAUGAUGUACACAGCGAUGGACGUCAUCGAAAUAAAAGAGAAGGCUCGUCAUCAGGGCAUAUCCCCAACGGAAUACCUCCUGGAGUGCUGGGGGCAGAAGAACCAUCGAAUUGAGGAACUGUUUGUGUUGCUGUACCGCAUGAAGCACAUUCCUGCCAUGAGGCGGCUAACCGGCGUCGUGCACGAGAGGUUCCAUAGACUCCUACACAAGCUGGAGGCGGGGAACGGACAGGAUGGAAACAACGCGCGCACCGGCGGCGCGCAGAGGGCCACCACCAGCAGCGACUCCGUCCCGCUCCCGGUCAUACUCUUUGAUCAGGGGAUCAGGCAGGCUCCCUCGAGCAGCGGACUCAACGGGCGCUCUCCCUCCGCGGACACGAGCUCGGCCACCAGCACCAGCACCGACACCUCGUCCGCGCAGUACGACAAGUACGAUGAGAUCCUGCGCAAGGUGUCCGCCAUCCCGAAGAUGAGCUACGAGGAGCUGCGGCUCGCCACGGACGACUGGAGCGAGCGCAACCUGCUCGGCCGCGGCGGCUUCGGACAGGUCUACAAGGGGGAGUGGAAGCUGCUGGGCGUGGCGGUGAAGAGGCUGCGCGACAAUGAGGGCCGCGACCAAGAGCUCGUGCGGGAGAUGUGCCUCAACCAGUACCGCCACGACAACAUCCUGCCCCUCUACGGAUACAGCCUGGGAGGGCCCGAGGCGUGCCUGGUGUACCAGCUGAUGGCGGGCGGCUCGCUGGAGCAGCGGCUGCGGCCCAAGGACGGCGCCGCGCCGCUCUCCUGGGCGCAGCGCUGCAGGAUCAUGUGCGGGGUGGCCAGAGGGCUGCAGUUCCUGCACACGAUGACCGGCAGCGCGCUCAUCCACGGGGACAUCAAGCCGGCUAACAUCUUGCUGGACCAGUGCCUCGAGCCCAAGAUCGGAGACUUCGGCCUCGCGCGGAAGGGGCCCUACGGAGACGAACGGACGCAUCUGAAGGUCUCACGAGUGUACGGGACGAGGCCCUACUUGCCGGACGAGUACCUGCAGUCGUGCGUGCUGUCGCCGGCCGUCGACGUGUACAGCUUCGGCGUGGUGGUGGCCGAGACCAGCACGGGGCUGCCGGCCUGGGACCGCUCCCGCGCGCGGCCCCUGCUGGCGCACCAGCUGCACGCGUGGCACGCCGCGCGGCACGACCUGGGCGCGCUGCACGACCCGCGCCUGCCGCCGCACCCCGCGCUGUGCCGCGCGCUGCUGGAGCUGGCGCUGCACUGCACGCAGCCGCCGCGCGAGGCGCGCCCGCCCAUGCUGCUCGUGUACCGCCGCCUGCACGCGCUCGCCGCCUGCUAGCCGCACCGGCUGCACGAGCCGCGCCCGCGCCGCACCCCGCGCUGUGCCGCGCGCUGCUGGAGCUGGCGCUGCACUGCACGCAGCCGCCGCGCGAGGCGCGCCCGCCCAUGCUGCUCGUGUACUUUACUGUUUCAUCUUUACACCAUUCAUAUUAACAAAUAAACAACGAAUUAUCUAUAUAUUUUAAUAUUUUAAUGUAAAUAAGUAACAUAAGUUUAAUGGGUGACUGAUUAUUUGUACGAAUUAUUGUGCUAUGUUUAUAUAUACCAUAUUUUUUGAUUAUACAAAUU